AUCCUCAGUCGUUAGCCGAACACCGACUCGACAACACCGGAAAUAUAUUUGAGUUCAAUAGUUUUUAUUUUCGAACACAGUCAGGGCUUCAAAAUUUGUUCAUCUAAAAUUAACCGUUGAAAAGCACAUUUCUUUCCUUUUUCCGUUUCUAUUUCGUUUUUUUUUUUCUAUUUAAAAUCGAAUAUAUAUUUUAGGUCAAAAUUGACCCGGGAAAAUCCAAGCAAAAAGUAGUAGAUACAGUUUGAAAGGCGUUCGAACUUACUGCGUAACCAUGCAACGAUCGGUUUUCAAGAGUAGCUGUUCCAGGACACAGUUCCUUUUCAACUCCCUGAAGUCCCUGUACCACAGUAGCCUGCACGCGGAGCAGCUACUGGAGGCAGCUCCUGUGCCCAAGAGCCGCUGCCUGGAUCUUCUGGGUCGCCUGCUCCAUGGCCGCUUGAGUCUGCUGGGAGGACGUGCCGUGCCGCCCAGAUUCUUGCCGCUGUUGGCGGGAGAUUUCAGCCUGCACUUCAAUGCCGAGGAGGACGAAGAGUUUCGCAGGCGACUGGCCAUGCAGCUGAAGGAGUUGCGAGAGACCCUGCAGGAAACGCAGGAACUGCGCGAGGGACAGGAGCAAGACUUUCAGGAGCUGGAGCCACAGGACGAGGAGGAGGACCAGCCGUACGUGCCCAGGUCUCAGGAGAUCUCCAUGGAGGACCUCACCGACGAGGAGCUCAGCGAAUUGCGGGGGCUGCGGAUGAGUGCCAGUCAUGAUGACGGCAACUUCGGCAGUUCCGAGCAGCCAGAGACCAGUGAGUUGGAGGGCGAGGAGACGGCGGAGGCCAAGGAUCCCCAGGAUUCCCAGGAGCAGCAAGAUGCCCACGAAGCCCGCGAAGGCGUCGAACACGUUCUCGAGGGUGAAAUCGAAGGAGUUUACUGGACGGGCGAGGGCAAACGGAUAGUCACCCAAACGCCCCAGCGCAAGACGGGCCAUUCGGGCUUCAUCGAUGGCCAGGGCGAAGAGAUUCACCAGGAGGUGUCCCCGCACGAAGCCAAUCCCUAUCACCCCGCGCCCAGGGCCCAAGCCACCUCCAAGGUGGUGAGGAAGGGCCGCAAGCCGAAGUCCUCAUCCAAAACCUACACGCCCAGCGAUUCCGACGAAUAGCCAAAUUGCCGGCAAAUGAAAGCAGAACCCUCGAGCGCUGGGAUCACUAAAAUAAAUACAAAAGGCUAAAGACAAAA